AUGGACAGUCGCCAACUGCCUCUCGCUUCUUCCUCUACGGCGACACUGGUUCCCCACCCUUUCGCUUCAUCCUCCACUACGCUGGUACCCAGUUCCACCGACGAUGUAUCAGCCAAGGAGGGGUUGAAACGUCGUAAAGUAUCGAACUCCUCCCUGAACGCCGACUUCGAUGAUCCGGACCAGUCGCCCGAGUUGCCUACCUUCCCAACUGCUGACGUCUGUGACGCUUCAAGUUCUUUCAAACCGGGCAACGUUGACCGCGCAUUUUUUCCGCUUCGAGUCGUUGGCAAUCUAGCAUUUAGCCGCCCCCCAAAAGCUGCGAAAAUGAACGAAAAGGGGGAAGAACUUCGGCACAGUUGUUUGAAGCUACAAUCUACCCACGCAGACGCUAUCUCUGCGUCCACACUCACACUAUUGAAAGGGAGACAAGUCGACCUGGAAGAAGAGGCCGAGAGAUUGCGCAAACAACGGGAUAAAGCUGUCAAAUCUACAGCAAACUGGUACGAUCAGCAGUGCAUUAAAUAUAAGGCACACAAAGACGAAGUCGUACUCUAUAAAGAGACUAAAGCGCAUCAUAGGCAAACCAAGCAUGUUUCAGAAAUGGCCAUGCGGUCGAAAAUUGACAUGGCCAUUGGCGGCAAAGAGUCGUUUCCUGACGGGGAAAAAGGAAAGAGACGUGCCCGGGAUGAUUUCAGUCUAUUAUCGCGCUUCAAGACAAAAUCCUACCGCUCAACCCACCUGGAAGUAUGAGCCAAUGAAAGGGCCGGCUGGUUAGUAGGCCUCAAUGCAUAGAACAACGUGAAGCGGCGGUUUUAGCUAUGCCAUGAUUAUCGCAGGCGGUACAUUUCGAGUCGCACAUUCUUCAACAUGCACAGAUGUCAUUGUAUAUGGGGUGCCUGUUCCGAGUUUGUAAAACGGAAUUCCCUGAGAUCGCGA